AUGGUAACUCGAGGAUAUUACUCUGAGGAGGAACCUAUCUUCCGCAGAUACGGUCCACACGGUCAGAUCUAUCCAGUGGCUCAAGAGCGCUCUGAACAUACGCACGUAUCUCGGAGCUAUAGCGAUGGCCGAAAUGGUGAUCAUGGGUCGGAAAGCAUUGAUACGGGCCAUCAAAUGAGACGCAGAAUACAAGUAGCGUUGCAUUAUAGUGUCAAAGAUGUCGAAAGCGCAAGAUCCGAUGCAGCGGCGAAGAUAAUGGCAGACCAUGUUACCAUUGCAAGAAUUCCAGCUCAGAACCAUAUGACCGCUAUGCCAUUAGAGCAAGCAAAAGAUCACUCGCCGGAUUGCUUCGAUGAUGCUUCGCGAUCGAUGUACCGGAUCCCUUCUAAUGCACCCUUUAACACUUACUAUCAGACUACACAAACCGUCAACUUGGGUCCAGAUAGUAUGAACUAUCGACCGCCCAACUAUUCGAAUUAUGGCUAUCAAGGUAACAAAUUCCUCACUCUUUCUCCAUAUGGCGACUUUACCGAUGAGCCCGCUGAGUUCAAUCUUUCAAAUUCAACCACAUUUCCGGUUGCAGCACAAGAUCCUGUUUCUGUCUCGAACUAUCCAGCUCAAAAUAAUGGACGCACACGAGUAAACCAUCCUGCAUCUAUGUAUAUGGAUUCUGAAGCGAAUUAUAAUCAGAAUGGAUACCAGAGCUACAACAUGCGCUCAAUGGUCGAUUCGGACUCGAAGAAUUUCUGCAUCACAAACACUGUCGCACAAACCGCCCUUAAUGUCACCAACGGUGCUGAGAGAGUUCUGCCAUACCCGAGUGUGAACAGACAGUAUAGAUCCUCCAACGAUGGCAAUUCGAGUUCUCAAAAUUCCCUCCAAUCGUAUGGGUUCAUGAACUCAAACAUGAAUGGCUCUAAACACAUGAACGGAUCAUCAAUCCAAAUGCCCUUGGCAAAUCCGUAUAUGAGCGUCCCCGCCAGUACCAGUCAAGAAAUCACAACCGCCGCUGCAGAAAUGGCAUACAACUCAUCCCAACAACUUUCGAUGACACAGUCAGACCCAGAGAUGUACAACCCGACAACUCCCAGCAGUAGUCUCUACUACUCGCAGACCAACGAUUCCACCGCGGACAUCAGUCGCUAUGGAACGAGUAGUGGAAGCGGUUCGAGCAAGAGGCGUCAAAGUAGUCAGGCCACUACCGAUGAGAACGCAUGGUCGGCUAACAAUCGAAAGUCUAGCAGCAGCGAAAGUAGCAGCGAACGUCUGUUAGCGAAUGGACUACCCUACGAACCAAGCACAGUAGCCCAUUACCCGUCUCCGAUUAUUCCGCCCCAUAUGCAGAGUCAUGGGCUCCUGCAACAAGUUCAUGAUGGUCUGCCGCACCCGAGAGAUUAUAUCUCGAAUCUUCCUUCGAGAUGA